AAGCAUGUCUUUUAUAAUUGAUUAGCUUAGAUUUACUAAUGGAUAAAUAAUACACUGUCUCAAAUAUAUUGUAAACCUUUGUGAUUGAGUGAAAAUGGGACCUCACAAAGUUUAGUUGUGUUCGUGUAUUUUCUUUGAAUGGACUACCUCUUGAGUUCAUGAUAACAUGUUAGUAUGUUUUCUGAAGGUCUAUUACUUAAACCAGACAUGGAUCCUCCGCCACAGCCCAUCAGAUAUCUCUGCGGUGAUUGUGGAGCCGAAACUCCCCUGUAUACAGACGGCGUUCUUCAAUGCUGUGUCUGUUUUUAUAAAAUCCUUUACAAGAAGCGCACGCAUCGCGUUCUCCAGUACGAGGCACGUUAAGAAGAUUGUGAGGACCUUGACAAGUAAUCUCCAUGAAUCAAUCAUCAAAACUUCCAAAAAUAUGAUACCUAAAUUUUAAGAACACUUUUUAGUAAUAAUGGAGUAGUAGUAGUAGUAGUAUGAAUGAAUUUUCAGUAGUUUGC